AUGGAAGAAGAAGAAGGUUUCUAUUUGCCACAUCACGCAGUUUUAAAAUUGGCUAGCCUCACUACGGAUCUCAGAGUUGUUUACGACGGAUCGGCAGAAGACGAAAAUUUCCUCUCUCUCAAUGACAACCUGAUGAUCGGACCUGUUAUUCAAGCUGAUAUAUUUUCGUUAUUACUUCGAUUUCUUACUCAUCAAUACGUCUUAACUGGUGAUAUUGAGAAAAUGUAUCGUCAAUUUUGGAUCAGAAACGAAGAUAGAAAAUAUCAAAAAAUCUGGUGGAGAGAUGUUAACGGAAAGGAACAAAUUUUCGAAUUGAAUACCAUUACAUUUGGUUUGUCAGCCGCUCCAUUUUUAGCUAUUCGUUGUUUACAACAAUUAGCUGACGAUUACAGUCAAGAAUUUCCAGAAGCUGCGAGAGUUAUAAAAGAAGAUAUUUACGUCGAUGAUUUGCAAACUGGAACUGAUAGUUUCGAGGAAGCAAUCAAAUUAAGGGAUGAUGUCUCUGAAUUGCUGAAAAAAGGACAAUUAAACAUGCGCCAAUGGGCCUCUAAUGACCCUCGUCUCUUAGAAGGUCUUCCAGAAGGUAGUGUCAAUGUCAAGUUAAAAUUGUCCGAAGAUUCAACCAUCAAGACUCUAGGCCUAUAUUGGAAGUCAAACACAGAUGAAAUCGCUUACACGGUUCUCCCCAUCUCAACAAAUUUAAAAAUGACGAAGCGAAUCAUGUUGUCAGAAGUAUCCAAAAUAUUUGAUCCGCUAGGAUUUUUAGGUCCAGUAAUAAUAAAGGGAAGAAUGAUUCUUCAUCGUUUAUGGUUGGAAAAACUUGAUUGGGAUGACGCAGUGCCUUUAAGUAUUUUUACAGAUUGGAAAAAAUACUCUACUCAAUUAACUGAAUUAAACAACAUCUCAUUCGAUAGGAAAAUAAUUAUUGCAGAAGCAGAGGAUAUUCAACUUCACGGCUUUUGUGAUGCAAGUGAAAAGGGAUAUGGUGUAUGUAUUUACAUACGUUCUACAAAUGCUCAAGGAACAACACAAACACGGUUGCUCUGCUCAAAAUCCCGUGUUGCACCAAUUAAAACUACAUCUUUACCUCGUUUAGAAUUGUGUUCAGCAUCUUUAUUGUCUGAUCUUUCAUCUACAGUUAGAAAGGCCAUUAAACAUCCAAUUAAUCGAAUAAUUUUUUGGUCAGAUUCCAUGAUCGCGUUGCACUGGAUUAAAACGCCACCACACAAACUACAAGUGUUUGUCGGAAACAGAGUCUCAAAUAUACAACAAAAAACUGAAGAUGGAGAAUGGAAACAUGUGAGAUCAGAAGACAACCCUGCCGAUCAUCUUUCACGAGGAUUAUAUCCUAAUGAAUUCACACAAGAUAUAAAUUGGAAAAAUGGACCAAAUUGGCUUAGCCAAGAUGAAUCUAACUGGCCAAUUAGUGAAUUAACCAUUCUGCCUGAAACUCAAGAAUUGAGAAAAACUCAAUGUCUCAUUACCAACUGGAAAGGCAAAUCAAAACAUGAAGAGAUUCUCGAAUCCAAUUCUUCACACAGAAUUGACAAUGAAACACCAUGGAUUUUAAAAUUUUCGUCAAUUGGCUUCUUAAGAAAAUUAUUCGCCUUUGGUUUGCGGUUCAAAAAUAAAAACAAAGGUCCACUUUCUGCUAGUGAAUUGUUAACAGCAAACGAAAGGAUCAUUAAGUUGGUACAAGAAUCUGCAUUUUCUGAGGAAAUCAAAGAGCUAAAAAGGAAACAAGGUCUAUCACCAAACCAUAAAUGGAAAGGAUUUAACCCGUUCAUCGAUGAUAAUGGUAUCAUACGUGUAGGUGGACGAUUAAAAAAUUCAGAUAUACCUUACUCUGAAAAACAUCCUCGUUUACUACCCAAGGAUCAUCACAUCACUACAUUGUUGAUAAGGAAUGAACACAUCACAAACUGCCAUGCUGGAUCACAAACUACAUUGUAUGCUUUGCGAAAAAAUUAUUGGAUUGUAAAUGGCCGAGAACAAGUUCGAAAAAUUAUUAAAACUUGUGUAACUUGUGUUAGAACUGAUCCUCCGAAGAGUGAAUAUAUCAUGGGCAAUAUUCCAAAGUUGAGAAUCACAGAAGCGAAACCUUUUCACAACGUGGGAAUCGAUUACUGUGGAUACUUUUAUAUCAAAGAGAAAAAACAUCGCAACAAGAAUCGAAUUAAAGUAUGGGUAUGUGUCUUUGUUUGUCUAGUUGUAAAGGCAGUUCACUUGGAAGUAGUUACAGAUCUUAGCACGGAAGGAUUUCUUGGAGCAUUUAAACGAUUUAUUGCUAGAAGAGGUAAACCAAAAAAUAUCUACUCGGACAAUGGGACUAAUUUUAUAGGAGCAAACAACGAAAUCAAGGAAUUGUACUCAUUCUUACAAUCGAAAAAACACAAUGAUACUGUUUUUCAACAUUUAAGCGAAAAGGGCAUUAACUGGCAUUUUAUUCCACCACUUUCACCAAAUUUUGGGGGACUAUGGGAAGCCGGCGUCAAAUCAUUCAAACACCAUUUAAAAAGAAUUUGUAAUGAAUUAGUUACAUUCGAACAAUUCAAUACUCUGAUAAUCGAGAUCGAGGCAAUUCUAAAUUCCCGUCCUCUUACUCCUAUCUCCACAGAUCCUAAUGAUUUAAUCGCACUCACUCCUGGUCACUUCCUAACUGGCAAUUCACUAAUGAGCUUACCUGAACCUAACUUCGAGCAGACAGCAAUCAACAGGUUAUCAACUUGGGAACUUAUCCAGAAAAAACAACAAGAAUUCUGGAAAAGAUGGCACAAGGAAUACAUCAAUGAGCAGAAUCUACGGUCCAAAUGGAACAAAGGAAGUCACGAAAUCAAAAAGGACACUCUAGUUAUCCUCCGAGAAGACAACUUGCCACCUCGUCAAUGGUCCUUGGGUCGAAUCAUUGAAACCUAUCCAGGAAGUGACGGUAUCAUUCGUGUUGUGAAAGUGAAAACAACAAAGGGAGAAUUUAACAGAAAUGUCAGAAAAAUCUCACCCCUUCUUUGCGACUAUUCAGAGAAGAAACAAGAUGUUUAA